UUUUAAUUCUUCGACUAAUCGUAUUAUAAAUGCAGCUUUUAAUUACGGAACAAAGUCGCAUUUGUGCAUUUAAAUCAAUCGAUGAAUUAGAAAACUUGCGUGUUAUCUCCAUGGAGAUCACAGAUGUGUAAAAAUGGAGAUCGAGCCGAAAUUCACGUUUGUGCCGUUGAAUGAGAAAACCUACGUCGGAAUUAAUGAUAAAAAUACGCAAGAAUAUCUGUGUAAAUGGGGCUUAAAAGGAAACUUCAUUAUCCAAAAUUUUUCAUUCAAUGAACAGUUUCAACAAUAUCAUAAAUAUCAUCUAGCUGAUGCAUUUUUUAAAGAUAACACCGUUGCAAAAGCAUUAUUGUCCAAACAAGGCUCUGCCUGGAUAAGACAAGAUAUACAAGCGUCCAGUGUGCAAAUAAAGCAAGUACCAUGCUCAGUCUUAAGUAUGUCAUUCUUUAAUAAACUUAAGGAUCCAGAUAACAGAAUUGUGUAUAAUUCCGGAACGAUCUGCAAAAGAUAUGACUUGCAAAUAGAAGACUUUUUGAUAUCUGACAAUCUUCGUGGUAUGCUUUUGGAUGAAGAGUCAGAAGAAUACAAUUUAUAUUCGGAAUAUGAAAAAAAUGAGUUUGUGUUUCGAAUUUUUCAAAUGCUUGUUCUUGGCGGAACAUUAUGUCAGUUUGAGGACCAAAUACAGCCAUAUUUGGACAUCACCAAAAAGAUAUAUAAGGAUCUUAUAAGAGUGCAGAAGCAGAAUACUUUGAACGAUUUGUUCGUAAGCACUUUGGUGUUAGAAGUAGUUGCUAAGGAUGGCACAGGCCAAGAUUAUUUCCCAUUUAAUUCCAGCAACAGGCAAAAUAUUGCAUAUUUAUUGAUAGAUGCUAAUUCUCGCGAAAUCACAACUUUUAUACAUCAAUACGGUGGAUACUGUUCUGCCAAUUGAUCGUCACAUUG